AUGCACCUGCAGCAGCAGCAGCAGCAACAGCAGCAACAGCAGCAGCAGCUGCUGCAGCAGGCACGUCAGCAGCUGCAAGACGCCCUCAACCUCCUGCGCAUCAGCGCCAGGGGCCCCCAGAACAAAGGGGGGCCCUCUGAACCUUUAUUUGAGUUCAUAGAUGUGGGGGCCCCGGGGGGGCCCCCUUGGGGGCCCCCCCUGGGGGCCCCCAUGGGGGCCCCUGGGGGGCCCCCCCUUGGGGCCCACUCAGCUGUAGAGCUGCGAGCUGACGACUGCUGGCUGCAAGGGAAAGCUGUACCCUAUACUGCUCUCUUUGAUGAUGAGAUAGGGGGCCCCCCAGAAGAAGGGGCCCCCCGCUGUGCUUCUGCUGCUGCUGCUGGUGCUGGUGCUGGUGCUGCUGCUGCUGCAGCUGCUGCUGCACCCCUAGAGAUGCGGCUCGCCAAUGGGGCCCACAGAACCCCUGCUGCCUAA